GCUCAGCUUCUAGUCUAGUCCCGCGGAGCCUGAGCGUCCAGAGCUGUGGCUGGUUUAGAGUGGAAUCCUCAACCCGUGCCUCAGUGGAUUAUGAGUUUUCGGAAUUCAGGGAUAACUAGCCGGCUCUUGGAUUUACCUUUUUCUUGUAUAUUAUAAACUUCAAGAGAUUGGGGAUGUUUAGAUCACAUUCACACUGAUUCCCAAUUGCCUGUGGCAGUGCUCAACACAUGACACUGAAAAUGUACCUGUGGACUUUCAGAUUAUUCUGCAGCCUAGGACCUCCUGCUCAACAACUGAUGGAUGCUGAUAUCCAUGUAAACAGCAUUUUAUGUGGAAUGUGCCUUUUUGUCAGAGAGAGGUGCAGAAGGAGAUCAGAGGCAAAAAACUGGGACGAGGACACUCCUAGCUUUUUGCUUUUGUUUCUACCUGCUUGACAUCAUACAUGGCUACUGAUGGCAAUGCCCUUCAGGUUCCCUUGCGUCAGAAGCAGAGAAAGAAAACUCAAGGGUUUUUUACGAUGAGUCGGAGGAGGAUAUCAUGUAAAGACCUGGGACAUGCUGACUGCCAGGGGUGGCUAUACAAGAAAAAAGAAAAAGGAACUUUCCUAAGCAACAAAUGGAAAAAGUUCUGGGUGGUGCUGAAGGGGACGUCGCUCUAUUGGUACAGCAACCAAAUGGAGGCAGUCAGAUGGUCCGGCAUUGCUGAUGGGGAAGAGGAUGCCACAGUUAAUGACGCAGAGAAGGCUGAUGGAUUUGUCAAACUGCCCGAUUUCACUGUGGAGAGAGCAUCUGAAUGCAAGAAAAAGCAUGCUUUUAAGAUCAGCCAUCCACAGAUCAAGACCUUUUAUUUUGCAGCUGAAAAUGCACAGGAAAUGAGUGUGUGGCUAAACAAGCUUGGAUUAGCUGUGAUCAAUCGCGAAUCUGCUACAAAAGAUGAAGAAUGCUACAGUGAGAGCGAACAGGAAGACCCUGAAAUAGCUGUGGAGACACCACCCCCUCCUUACUCCGCGGAGUCUUUCUCUCCUUUGGCUACACAGCAAGCAUCUUCAUCUUCACCCAAACUGAGUGACACGUCGCGUUCUUCCUCUUCCUUGGAAAGUACAGUAAAGGCGCACGGCAGUUUGGCCUCCUCUUUAUCUAGAGAAAGACAGUCCUGGAUCGACAUAGUUAAUAGUUCUGCUGCUGCUGACGAUGAGGGACAGUCUAUAACACUCGCCGUGAACGUUCACUCCCCGGCACCCUCAGAGGCCAACAGUCACAAGGCCCUGGAAAACAGCUGUGCCACAUCAGAAAGUGAAUUUUUGAACUCUUUGUCUAGUGAUGACACUUCUUCAUUGAGUAGCAACUUCGACCAUCUUACUGUCCCAGACAAGCCCACUGGAUCAAAGAUGGCGGACAGAGAAGAAACAAAGGUGUCUGAAGAUGAUGAAAUGGAAAGACUCUACAAAUCGUUAGAGCAAGCUAGUCUCUCUCCUCUCGGGGACCGACGACCUUCAACCAAAAAGGAGCUGAGAAAGUCCUUCGUGAAGCGAUGUAAGAAUCCAUCCAUAAAUGAGAAACUUCACAAAAUCCGAACCUUGAAUAGCACAUUGAAGUGUAAAGAGCAUGACCUGGCCAUGAUUAACCAGCUGCUGGAUGAUCCGAAGUUGACAGCCAGAAAAUACAGGGAGUGGAAGCUGAUGAACACGCUGCUGAUCCAGGAUAUCUAUCAGCAGCAGCGGGUCCCUCCGCCUGCCCAGGAGGGCGCCCCCCAGCGGCUCGAGGAAGCACCCUCCUCUGCCCAUGUUGAAAAUUCUAUUUGAGAACAAGCCAACAUUCUCUCCCCUUUUGUGGUACCCCAAGCAACUCCUCAAGAUGUUGUGAGAGCUCUCCUCAAAAGGAAAACUGAAAUCAAUUCCUCAAGCGGUGGUUCCUUCUCUAAAGAUGCAACUUAGGGGAGGACUUGCUGUGCCAGGAGCAAGAGUCCUCCUUGCGGUUGCAGAGCUUACAUGGAGACCGGAGGAACUGAGUCCAGUUGAACAAACACCGUGUUCCUCCUAGGAGCUCCUGCUUAUGCCAGGCUCCAGGUGGGGUGUGAGAAAUGUAUAUUCUGUUCCCUGCUUGCGAGAGAGUGACAGGGGGACGCAGAUUCCAACGGACAAAGAUCACGUUCUACCAGGGAUAAUUAUUCAUAGAAAUAUUGUGUUUUCCAAAAGAAGAAUGUAAGAACGUAUAUAUUCCACCGGGUUGGGUAGUUGGAUUCUUCGAAUCAUUUACGGUUUGAGUGGAGCACUGUGUUUAAUGGCAGCAACUAGAAAGAGACAGUUGUGGAACCACAAUCUCUUGCCUUUGGUCCAGAAUGGCGGUGCCUUCUCCAGGAGCUGAGAAAUACUUCAGAACCAGUGGUGUGUGAGAGAGCUCCCUCCUCCCACUCUCCCAAAGGGACAGCCUGAUGUUUCCAUGCUCUUCCAGGUGGGGAGGGGGGGCUCUGAUUCAAGUCUCCUUUCCACAGAACAGCUAAAGAAAUCUGCUUUGUUACCCUUCGAGACCUCUACUCCCUCCUAGCCUUUCUAAACCACUGCAGUGCAGCAGGGAAUGUUUGCUGCCUUUGUCCCUGGGUGUGGUGUCCCUACACAGUGUCAAUUUCUAUCCCGUUUCCCCAGGAUCAAGAUUGACAAGAGGAUUCUGAAGUCUGAAUGGUUUUGAUAGCCUCACUCCAAAAAACCCAACGCAAACAACAAAAGUGUUAAAAUCCGAUUGUUUUAUUUUUGUAUGUUUACGUGUCGUUUCGUGUCCUAUGUGAAGAGCUCUCUGUUUGUUAUUUAAGUAUAUUUAUAGAAGGUCAAAUGACUAGUCUUUUAAAAGAUGGUAAUUAUACAUUUUGCUCAAUAUAUAUUCUCAAAGUAUAUACUUUUUUGCUUGAGGAAAUAGGAAUACUGUUGAGUCACUGGAGUUAUCAUGUUGCACUAUGCUGUAUGAGGAAUGCUCAGGAUAUCUUGUGGGAUAAAUAUGGAGGCAUGCAUCAAUAAUCUUUCAUUUUCUGGCUUCUUUCUCUUUCUGUCCCUCUCUUUCUCAGCUCAGAGUGUUUAGAUUUCUCUAUCUGUGAUAAGUCAUCCUUUUAACCAGAAAAGGAUUUUCAUCUUAGGUUAUUUCAUCUAGCAAAUAAACUUCGUAAGCUUUAUGCCAUUUAUGCCCACAAACCCUAAACCAAAUGAAACACAACUAUAUGGUCUUUUGUCUAAGGUCUAAUAGAAAUUUUGGGGUCUGGUGUUAAAGGGAACUCGUUUUGUUGCUAACGACUGAUUGCUAAUCGUGACUAUUUGUCAUCGUAAGAAUAACCACAGCCCAGCAAAAACCCGAGUUGGCCUUACCCCUAGCUAAUCGUCAGGCCAACACAGUGUGCUUUAUAGAGUCCAAGUGUGGCUUGACAUUCAAGUGGAAAUAACCCUCUUAUUUGGUCUGCAAACUAAACGGAAAGAGUUGUUGAAUAUUUCCUCAAGCUUUACGUGGAAGUGCUAAUACUCUGUAAACAAAAACAACCCUAGUAUGAAGAAAGAAACAGGAAACAAGGCAGAAUACUAGAAGCUUCUGUAAGAUAAGACAGCAUGUCAGUCCCUAGGGCCCAACAAACAUUUAAGGGCACCCAACCCAAGAGGAAUGUGCUGGGCCAAGGGCUACCCAGGAGGGGGAGCCUGGCCUUCGAUGAAUUUUCUGUUGGUCCCAGGACUGAAUGUAACCACGCAGGUCCUCAGAAUUGAGCCCUGAGGCACCUGCUUUGAGAGGCCAGUGGUUUCAUCUCUUUACUCUGGAAAUCAUCAUUGAUUAUUUCUACAGUUAGCAGCUAUUAAAGGUUAAUUGUUUAGGAUUCACAGUGUACACAAGUUGUUGAGCAAAGAAGUUAUAAUGGAGGAAAUAAUACUAUUUAUUCUUCCACAUUCUUUUCUUUGGCUUGAAAUACUAAUGAUAAACAUCAAAACAACUUUUCUAAAUGGAGGUGCCCCAGAAGCUAUUGGCCAGGACUUGUGAAUACACCUCAGUGCUUUAUUUUGGCUUUUUGUGACUACCCACGUAACUGGCCAUGUAGUGUAAAUUCCGUAGGAGCACUCAAACUUUAAGGCAAGAGGCCCAUGAGAUUAUGGAAUCGAACCUUUCAGCUACUUUUCAAAGUCAGGUUAGUCUAGAAGCUUUGGCUUUAUUAAAGCACUUAUUGUACAGCACGUCCCCCCCAUGAACAUGAGACCCCACUGCCCGGUCCUGGACCCUCUUUUUUAGACCGGGCUCACCUUCCCGUUAGUGUUUCUCCCUCCGAAGACACUUUCAGUCUGCAUUAUGUGUGUUAGGAAGUAAGGGACUGCCUCUGUGGGCUCGCAACUUCAGCUGUGGCCGCUCAGAGGAAGUGGAUGGCAGUGGGAAGUGACAGGAAGAGUGGGGGACACUUUCCAUGACACUCAAAUUAGGUAUAACCCAGCCUUUGUUGUUGUUGUUUCAAGGGAUAUUAGGAAAACUGGAUUACUUGCAGUUUAUUCCUGAGGGUUAGGUCAUCUCUGAAAUGGAUCUUGGGUCACUUCAUGGGGUCUAUGGGGUAACUCUUGUACCCAUUCCUGUAGAUGUAGGGUCUGAGGGCCGUGGAAUGAAUGAGAGCCACGGCUGCUCAGGAAGCAGAGAAUCUGAGCAUAAUCAGGUCUAACCCUGUGGCACCCACUGUGGAUUAGGAUCUGGAUGGGACCUCCCUUUGUGGUUGUGGGGAAGACCACUUCCCUCUAUUGUCACCUUGUAGACCCAACCUCGUGCCUGACGGAUGCCUCUGGGGCUGGUGCAUCGCAGCACACAGGGAAUCGGAUGGCCCCGCCCUUGAAGGGCGUCUGUUGCUUUUAACAAGUCUUUGUUCUGGCACAAUCUCAGCGUGGCAUCAAAGACCUAGGAGGUAUCUUAAAGUAUACUUCUGCAAAGACUCCUAGGAGCUUAAGAAAGAUUGUAUGUGGAGUUAGAUUUCAGUGGGAAACCCAAGCCUUAUAUUUACGUAGCACUUUGUAGUAGCAAAUCUGUGUUUCAGGCUUCGCCCCUCUUCCCUCCUCAGUGGUCUUCGUGGGAUGACGGUGGGUUAUCCUUCCUCCUUUCUGACGGGGAGGAAAGAAACUCCUCCCACUUCUCUCAUUCCUCUCUCUCCCUAUUCCUUGCACAGUCACUGUUGGGUCCCCAGCCCCGUGAUGUGCAGUGUGUGUGCCAGGGUGGCUUUUGUGAAGUCAUCCAUUGGAAACCUGAGCGGGACUCUUUUCCUUGAGCACCGGCUCUUCCUCGGGGCUGACGGGUUACUGUCCUUCCUGCAGCAGCUGGCUGCUGGGCUGUGAGUCGGAGUGUGACCCCACUCCGUGCUUCCUUUCCUCCCUUCUGUAACUUCCAUGCUUGUUGGGCGCUGUGAGGUCCGUGGAUGGAGGAGGUAGUUAAAGAAAUGGAGUUCAUUUGUUGUCCUUUAAAGGCCAGUCAGAGAUGGAGCCUAAUGAAAGGGGUUAGGCCCUUAACCUUCCUCUCCCAGCUUCUUCUCCUGUAGCAUUUUGAUAUAAAGCCACACAGAAGAUUUGAGGGAGUAAUUCAGGUACAGAGGAUGCCUAUACAAAACAGGCCGUUUUAUCAAAAAUAACCAACAAUUUUUGGUUAGUUUUAGGCUGCAUCUCUUCUUCAGUCUAUUAGAGUAUGAUGUUUGAGAUUUUCUGAUUUAUUUUCCUGCUCAUUUUUUGUGUGCUUAUCUCGCGAGAGAAAUCGAGUCCUAAGAAUGUCAGGUGACUACCCUGCUAGGGUUUUGUAAUAUGUAAUUAGAAAGCCCCUGAAACUAGAUUUCUAACAACUCAUGAAAUGGGUUAGGGAGCAGAAAUACUUCCACCUGUCACAGAAAGCCACUCCUCUCUGUGAACUAGAGUUUGGCCACUCCCGUGUUCUAUGUUGUGAGACAGGAAGCGAUUUCCUCACUUCCUAUGCACGUUUUUACUCUUCCUCGCUCUACCAUAGACCACAGAAAACAUUAAAAAUGAUUCUCCGUUUAAAAAAAGUGUUUUCAUACCUCUUACCAUGAGACUUAACUGCUCUAUAUUGAUACUUCUUUAUGUUGAGUCCAAUGGAGAAGCAUGCCCAUGGAGACUUCUGGCAUCCCAUAAUAAAAACCAGAAUUUCUAGUCACCGUAAACUUUAAUGUCCUUGCAUGAUGGGGAUGUGACUUUUAGCAUUGCAUGGUGUUUGGGGCAAGAUGGUACUGUGGAAACGCCACCUACAAUUUCAUCGUGCUUUCCUUCUGUCACCUACCCUCUUUGAACUGAAAAAAGAGGCAUGGCUCAUUUCUUCUGCUUUGUAUUUGAGAUUGACUUGUAAGAUACAAAUAAAAACAAGAGAAAAUAUA